GAGCCUGAGGGGCCUGUCCUAUUACAUACGUUCUGGAUAGCAAACGAUAUAUCUCAACUUGUGGGUGGAAUGGACUCCUUCCGCGGUCAUGUCCCACCAAGUGGAUGAAGAGACACCUCUAUUGCAGCCUGAGGAGCAGCAUAAAAUCAAAACACCAUUACCCUGGCGCCAACUCUCCGUUAUACUGUUCCUGCAGCUCACUGAACCUAUAACUGCUCAGGCAGUUGCUCCGUUUGCACCUCAGCUGAUCAGAGAUGUUGGAGUGACACAUGGCGAUGAAUCAAGGGUAGGAUAUUUCGUUGGUAUCAUGUAUUCCGUGUUCUAUGUCGCUCAAGCCCUUACAACCCUUCAAUGGAACCGACUUUCUGAUCACGUUGGCCGAAAGCCAGUCAUUUUGACUGGUCUAUUUGGCAUAUCAGCUUCCAUGUUCCUAUUUGGACUUUCAAAGACCUUCGGGGGCUUAAUACUGAGUCGUGUAUUGUGUGGAGCGCUGAACGGCAACGGUGGUGUCAUCAAGAGUAUGAUGAUAGAUGUUACAGAUUCAAGCAACAUUGCUCAGGCGUACGGUUUUCUUCCUCUUCCAUGGAUGACCGGGAAUACGCUCGGACCUCUCAUUGGCGGGUCUUUAUCCCAUCCGGCGGAUCGUUUUCCCAGACUGUUUGGGCAGUCGACAUUUUUGAAGACAUAUCCUUAUUUCCUGGCUUGUGCUGGUCCAGCAUUAUUCGCCGCAUUAUCAUGGUUGGUUACGUAUAUGCUUUUACAGGAGACUGUGCCAACGACAACAUCCUUAUGGAGUCUAAUUCGAAACAGAUGUCGGACCGUUCUUACGUUCGUACAUACCAAGCCACCACAGCCUGAUAGAUCAGAUUCCGAUACCGUUCAAGGUUCCCCCAACGAUUCUAGGCCCCUGCCUCUGAGUGCAUUAAUGACUCCGCAUGUUCUUAUCGCGACGUUGAAUUACGCGACUCUGGCUCUCCUUGACAUCGCUCUGCGCUCCCUAAUACCCGUGUUUUAUGCUACGCCAGUGGACAUGGGUGGACUUGGCCUUGACCCUCCACGGAUUGGCAAUAUUCUUGCAGUGUUCGGGAUUGCCAAUGGUUUAUUCCAGGUGUUUUUCUUUGCUCGGCUGCAUGACCGAUUUGGCACAAAAGUGGUAUUUACCUGCGGAGUCGCGUCCAGUGUACCGACCAUCAUCGCAUUCCCGAUAAUCAACAUGCUAAGUCGGACGUAUGGGAUUGAUGCCACAGUCUGGCUUGCUGUCGGCCUUCAGCUCACAAUAUCCAUUGCUCUCAAUAUGUGUUACUCUUGCGCGGCAAUGUAUAUAGCAGCUGCAUCUCCAAAUCGUGCAUCAUUGGGCGCCACUAAUGGCCUUGCUCACACAGUCGCUGCGUGUGUGCGCAUCAUUGGACCUGCAUCGGCGAUGUCGAUGUUUUCAUUUUCUGUGAGGGAACCUUAUUAUGCGUGGGCGGUUUACUAUUUUAUGAUGGUGCUGGCACUCCUUGCAGUUGGCGCGUCUUUGUUACUGCCCCCGUCAAAUAUGGAAGCGUGGUAACUAGCUUUUAUCUCAGUUGUUAGCAGCGGUACAUGAUACUUGUCUCCUUGCAAGUAAUGCUACAUACCAUAACUUCUGGCUG